AUGGGUCGAAGCCAAGCUCGGAAGAUGAUCAAGAGAGUCCAUUUUGAGGAUGACCUGGAAGACAGUGCGGUAGAAGCCGAGACUGAGGCUGAGGCACUAACCGACAACUCACGGGCAGAGGCCCAGCGAACCAAUACUGAGGCACAACACAUGCCAAAUGCCGACGAUAUCGACCCUGUAACAGUACAAGAAGAGCGACGUAGGCGAAUUUCCAAAGCACAGGAUGAAGAACAGAGGUGGUCGAUGCUCAAGGCCAUCCUCAGAGGAGAAACAGCGAAAACGAGCUAUAAAGAAGCUCGAGACGCGUGGAAAUGCGAUAAUUUACUCUAUUAUGUGGACCCAACUCGAAGUAAGUCUGAGGAUGACCAACCGGAGUUGUUGUUGAAACUUGUAGUACCGACAACUAUGAUCCAAGAAGUGCUGCCGAAUUGUCAUGGCUCUGUUGAAGGAGGACACCAAGGUGUUGUUCGAUCGUAUCAGAGGGUGAAGCAUGACUACUACUGGAUUGGACUUUAUGUAGAUGUGGAGAAACACGUGAAGUCGCGCCUUGACUGUAGCUCGAGUAAGAGCGCACCACAGCUCAAAGGCUACUCACCUGGCAACGUGCUCACAGAGUGA